GAGCCUUCCCGCCUUCUUUCCCUGGAGGAAGCCCUGGGAGUGACGUGCGCGGCUCGACGCUAGCCCCUGUGCAGCUCCUCCCGCCCCUUCCCCAGACAGGGGGAGGGAAGAGGGGAGGAGUGAUGUGCUGAGGAGAGCUGGGCUGAGCGAUCCGAGAAGUGGCGACUGGAGGGAGCUGCCGCCGCUUUCUCCUUCUCCGCCGCCGCUCCUGAUCGGCAGGGACUGGGGGGGGGGGCUCAGACGCGGGGUCCCCUUCUCCUGGCUCCGGCGGGACUUCUACCCUCGGGACGUCUGGUUUCCCGAGGCAGCUCGAUCGUCGUGCCCCGCUCGCCCAUGGCUUCAGCCGGCAGCGGCAUGGAGGAGGUGCGCGUCUCGGUGUUGACCCCGCUCAAACUGGUGGGGCUGGUUUGCAUCUUCUUGGCGCUGUGUCUGGAUCUAGGAGCCGUGCUGAGCCCGGCCUGGGUGACGGCCGACCACCAGUCCUACCUCUCCCUCUGGGAGUCCUGCGAGAAACUCAACAACCCGGAGACCUGGCGCUGCAUAUCUACCUUGAACAGCGACUGGCAGAUCGCUACGCUUUCUAUGCUGUUGGGUGGUGCUGCCAUAAUCCUUAUAGCUUUCUUGGUUGGAUUAAUUUCUAUCUGUGUGGGAUCACGGCGGCGGUUCUACAGACCAGUUGCUGUUAUGCUGUUUGCAGCAGUGGUUCUUCAGGUGUGCAGUCUUGUCCUUUACCCAAUCAAGUUCAUCGAAACUGUCAAUUUAAGAAUAUAUCACGAGUUCAACUGGGGCUAUGGACUGGCUUGGGGUGCUACUAUAUUUUCAUUUGGGGGUGCCAUACUUUAUUGUCUGAAUCCUAAGAACUAUGAAGACUACUAUUAAAGAGAGCUACUUGAAAAGAAGAAGGAAAAGAAACAUCACAAAGAUUGUUCUGUUUUUUUCUAACUCAGUGUUUUUAGAACUUUUGUAGAGUGUCCAGCAGUCUGCUCUAUUGAUUUAUCACCUUGGACCUUUUGGCUACAACUCUUGCAAUUAACUUUUUUAAACAUCCUUUUAAAAGAAUUGCAAAAAAUGCACCUGCUGAUCAGUACACAGGCAAAUCCUUUGGUAACUUUGGUAAGCAAAGGUCAGCACCAUUGAAGGACGUAAAUGACAGCAUUCAUGAUGAGAAAACUAGCUGGAAUGAAAAUGUGGCACCUGCAAUUGCUGCACCUUGCAAGGGAGUUGCUGGUACGAGAACCAUGUAGAAGCGCCUUUGCUACACAUGAAUCAAAUUCUCUAAUAGGUCACCAACUUUUGCCACUAUGUUGUAUUGGCCCACUGGGACUAAACUUCUAAAUCACAAGAUGCUGAGAAAAGGGAAGAUAACUAAUUAUAAUGUGUACAUGCAACUAUUUCCUAACAACACAAGCUUGUGCAUUUGGCAAUCCACAUUUUCCAGCCAGCUGUGGUAUAUCAGGAAGUCAAAACUUGGAGCACAUACUUCUAAUUAUGUGGUUGGACAUUGUGUCUCAGCUGUAACCAAGUAAAAGCAGAGGAGGACACUCAAUCUGUUUACUCCCAUGACAGUAUAAAAAGAAGAGAAUACAUGCAUGAGCUGUUUUUGUCCUGAGAAUCUUGAUUUCUAGUUACGUUUCCAUAAGAAACAAGUCCAACUAUUUUUCUAGAAAGUAUUUAUUGGUAUUACUAUCAAGAGAUGCCAUAUGUCAUUCCAACCUAAUCUUAAUAGUGAAGUGCAACAGUAAAAGUUCUAAGUGAAUCUAGAUUUUUAAGAACUGUUUCUGAGAAUUGGAUAGUCUUGGAAAUAUUUUAAUCCCUGUAAUGAGUUACAUUUCAUAAUGCUUUAUCUAAAACUUGAUAUGACAGCCAAUGAAUGCCUAGGAUGGGGUGAAUCAGCUGCUGGCAGAAUCAGAAAACAUGGAAUUGGGUUCAUUCAGAUCAUGGUUUAAUGUGACAGGAAUGACCUUUGGGCUUGUGCACUCCUCCUGCGCUCUUCUUCUCUGGCGUGGUUAAAAAGAGGGACUUGAAGGCUUUUGUUUCCAUUUUUGAAUAACUACAACUUGCAGCUUUGUCUAAAUCCAGCAAAAUGUGGUUAAUCCUAUGUUUUGUUUAAAACUAGCUAACUUCAAACCAUGCAUUUAUGAAGUUGGUUUGUUUCAACAAAUCACAGUGACAACCACAGUUUAGGGUCCAGGCAUAGCACUAAACGGCAGUUAAUCAAAAAUGGAAGCAAAAGCUUUUGCUCUCACAGCUACAGCAGAGGAGAGAAGGAGAGUGCAAGCCUCAUCUUGGCUUGUACCCAUCAUAAUAAACCAUGGUUUAUCAUGAUGUACAGAUGCAGCCAUUAUGUCAAUUUGGCAGAGGCAUUAUGAUGGUGAUACAAUUACACUGAAAGGCCAAUGUAAUGAUACCUUAGAGCACUGCUUUUUAAAUGGAAGCAUUUAUAGAAAUUAAUACUGUAUAAUAUUAAGAGGGAGUGGAAGAAAAACACCUAUAAUUUCCAAAUGGCAGCUGUUAGUUUCAUAAGUUCUUGUCAAUCAGUGGGGGGCUUUUUGUCACACAUGAGACAUUGUCUCAAAAAAAUCUAGUGAUUGGUGAGUCCCCAUUUGGGGGGGGAAUUAUUACAGAGUCUCAUUGAUAACUGGAAUCAUUAAAAAAAAUACUUAUGACCUAGAGAAAAAAAGGUGUGGUAAUGUGACAAACUGCUGCUUCACAUUGAUUUGAUUUUUAAAAAUAAUCCACCAAACAUAUGUUUUCUUUCGGAGACUAGCUGUUAUGAAAAGUAUAAAGUAUCAGUAUAGUAUCAGUAUCAUACUAUUUUCUCCUCCAAAUGCGAUGGAUUGGCUGACAAUUAUUUGCAUUUAUCACCGCUUGUUUAAGUUAUUUCUUUAAGUUUUGCAGAAACUAUAUUACUUCUUUAAGACCCAAGUUAAUUUGGGGUAGAAAUUUUAAAUUGAUUUAUACAACAUAACAUUUAUUUUUGUUUACAAUCAGCUUAUUGGAUAUUUUCAAUUACUUCUAAAAUUAUUUUUAUACAGUAUAUACAGUUCUAAUAUACAUAUUUAGAAACAAUUAUUUUUGUUAUAUGGACAUUAAAAUAAAUCCUAUCAUGGACUUCCUUUAAGAGCACACUCUUCAGAACUAUAAAAAUGCUGCUUAGCAGAGUUGCUCUGUCAUAGUGUUACAGAAUUCCUUAAUAUUAAGACCUCAGAAGUAAUAAACAUUUUAAUUACUGCAAAUCAGAGAGAGAGAGAGAGAGAGAAAGGAUGUGUUCUGUAAAACAUAAAACUAUGAUAAAUAUGUUUAUAUAUGUCAUUAAAAACACAACUAUUGUUUGUUUAGAAAAAUAAGCUGUACUUAAUCUGUGUGCAAACGUAAAUUGGCAUAUGGAUCACCUUCUUGAUAUUCCCACUGCUCCAUGGACAGAUAGGUGCUGGGUGUGCAUGGUGGGAGGGAGGUUGCAACCUGCACAUUCAGGAACAAGAGUGCAUCUGUGAUUCUGUACAACAGGGAUGGAGAACCUAUUGCCCUCCAGAUGUUGUUGAAUUACAACUGCAUUAAUUCCUGACCACCGGCCGUGCUGUCUGCCACUGAUAGAGCUGGAGUCCAACAACCUCUGGAUGGUCACAGGUUCCCCACCCCUGCUGUACCAAACUUAUACUGGUAUAGCAGACUAUUAGUGUGGUCAAUUCCCACUUGCCCUUCACCCUCCAACAGAUGCUAACUGUGGGUGUAGGUAGCUAGGGGAGGACGACAAGGCAAAAUGAAAUCUUAUCAGUAUGUAUGUAAUUCAAAAUCCAUCCAAAACAGCUAGAAAAUGUUUAGAAUGAAAAGGAGAAUCAUUGGAUGUGUUGCACAGAUAGCUGAGGAUAUUUAGGACUUUGGCAACUGAGAUUGGAAUGUACCUUUACAGGUGACUGAAGCUUAAACAAGCCAAAGUAUUUUGAAUAUAGGUCAGCAAAUAUGGUGGCAUACUAUGACAUUCUGGCCUUGCUACUUGGAGCCUAAAUUAUUGUUUAGACAAGUAGUGACCACCAUUUUCAACAUGUGUCAAAAUUUUCAUUCUGUAGUAAAUGAAACUGCCGUUUGAGUGCGUACUCCUAUAUGCACUAAAACCCAGGGGCCAUGCUUUGUAUAAUGAAAGGCACUAGUUCAUUCAUUUACCGCAGGGAUGGAAAGUCUGUGGCCUACUGGAUGCUGUGGGACUUCAAGUCCUGUCAGCCUCAGCCAGCAUGGGCAGGAAUGAUGGGAGCUGCAGUCCAGCAACACCUAAAGGACCACAGGUUCGCCUCCCUCCCUCCCUAAUGUUAUAAUAAAAGUGCUGGGAAAGAUCUGUGCCUAAGAACUUGGGGAGCUGCUGCAAAAGAAGAUAAUACAAAAAGCAUCUUCUGUUUUUUAGACACAGUUGCCAAUAAUGGCCUGUCAUUUUAUUUCAAGCUGGGAGUAAGCAACAGUGCAACACAGUGGAAGUGUGGUCCUGACUAAGCCAUAGGUAGGCCCAUGGGUCUACCUCCUCUUUACAGCUUGUGUCACAGACUCCUGCUGUCUGUGUGAUUUGUUUUACCCCACACCACAUACAGGUUUGUUAUCAUGCCCGUGGUUUAGCUCUGUGGGGAAAUGGUUUUGGUUUUCUUGAAUAGCUACAACAACGUCCAUGAAAAGGAAAUGGAAAUGAGAGCUGCUAAAACAGACAAGGUUGAUUGGGUGGCCCUAAGAAGCACUAUGAGAUGUGAAUCCAGAGUUUGUUUGUUCUUUAUUUUAUUCUUCUAGUAAUAUAGGGUUGCAUCCAAAAUUAGUCCUUAGAGUAGCCCCCUUGAAAUUAAUAACUAACUUAGGUCUGUUAAUUUAUAUGAGUUUACUCUGAGUAUGACUUAUGUUGGAUAAAAGUCAAUAAUUUUAUUGCGGUUUUGUUACAUAACAAUCAGAUACGUGAACUAUAAUAUGAGUGUUUCGAAUCUUCAUCUUCCUUUUCAGGAUUUAAAUGCAUGAAAAAGAUUACACCACAAUUUUGCCCUUACCCCAUUUCCCCCCCCCAUUAUCUCAGUGCAGAUUUUAAUGCUUCAUUUACACCUUCUUUUAACCAUUGACAGUUCUACUCAGCAUAGGAUUUCAGCACUGAAUUAUAAUAUGUAAUGUAAAGCAGAAAUACCCUUUUCUGCCUGCAGGAUUAAACACGUAAGUGUUUGAUUGUAUGUGUAAAAGAUCACAUUUUAAUUUAUAAUUAUUAUUAUUGAAUUGAAUUGUUAGCACUCAGUUGUAUUUUAUGUCACUAACAGGAUGAAUUCUCACUCUGCACACAUAUUUUGCACAGUUUGAACUUGCAGAUGUGCACACAUACACAUAUAUAGUGAAGCUGCAACCAGGGCUAGAUAUUUGUAUUUUUCAAGUUUAAAGUGUACUGUCCAGUGCUGACAGGUAUCUAGGACCUCUCUUGGAUUUCUUGCACAACUACGUCCAGCUUUUGUAAACUCAACAUGUAAAUUUUAAAGACAUAAAUAUAGAGAGAACUAUGUGUUUGAAAUAUAAGUGAUAUAUAUAUAUAUAUAGAUAUAUAUAUAUGGAUUAGCAUGUAAACUAUAUUAUUAUUAAACAUGCAAUGAACUGACUGGUAAAAUGAAGCAUAAUGUUAUGGCUAGCAAUGUAAUUUAUUCAGACUGUAUUUUUGUACAGAACAGUGCACACUAACCUAUUGCCUCUGUGUCCUCUAUAAUGCCUAAAACUGUGCCUAGAGAUUUCAUUUCUGUCUCUCAAUAAUAAACAAUGAAGGAUUUUUCAUUCUA